AUGAUGCUGAUUGCUGCUCCCGUCGCUCUUGCGGUACAGAGCGAUGAAGAACUCACACCAGACGCCGAAAAGCUCACCCAGCUUUCUCAGAAACUGAACGAGGUGGUCCAGAACUUCACAUUGGGCAUCAUUCCAACUACUACACUGCCGUCAGAGGUCGAAACUACUGCCGCCGAUGACAUACCGGUCAUCAAUACCUCUAAGGAUGAAGUCCUCGAAGAAACAACCGUCUAUGACCGCGGGUAUGAACUGCAGCACAAGACGACAGUGAAGGACUGGAACCCCAUGAUUUCACCUACAACGCGAUAUCCAUACAGAGAGCAAUCAGUGAGAAGGCCAUACGAGCACGGACAAGAUCUGGAUAAACGAGAUGACAGUACAGGUUGA